AUGCGCUCACAAUCCCUCCUCCUCACCUUCCUCUCCGCCUCCUUGGCAACCUCAUCCUCCUCGCCCUUCUACACCGAACACCAAUACCCCUUCAUCGACGACGAUGCCACCGACGACACCACCGCCGCCGCCACCGCUGGGACCGGCCCCGUAGUCUCCUCGGCCUUCCAAUGCGACCUCCCGCCCCCCGUAGCCCCCUCCGACGGCCUCCCCUCCGCCCGCGACCUCUUCACCUCCGAAGCCGCCAUCAGGAAACAAGUCGAGCGCCACGCCGCCCUCGUCCGCGUCCCGUCAAUCUGCUACGACGAUCUCGGCGACUUUGACAAGGACGAACGGUGGAACGUGUUUUACGAGCUCCACGACGUCUUGAAGAAGACGUAUCCCGUCUUGUGA